AUGAUUGGGCAGUCGUUUACAAACAUUAUUUCACCUAUGCUUUCAAAUCUCUCUGCGCAAACAGAAAUAAUAAAUCAAGGCCAAUCAGAAAUGCCGAAACGAAAUGCUUUUAAUAAUGAAAAUCGGAAUUCCUAUGGAAAUGCUUUCUUUGAUUUUGCUAAUGCUAUUUUACGUGCCCCUAGCGAACGUGGCGAAUACUCACUGAGACACCGAAUACAGCAAAAUCAAUAUGAUCACAAUAUAGAUCCAUUUUUAACGAUCCGUCAACUUGCACCAGGUGCUCGGAAUAAUUUCGGUAUACCUCAGGGUGAAGGAUGUUUACCAUUUCUAACCGAAGUGAUGAAGUUGGCGUAUGGAAAUUGCGUUAAAGAAGCCGAUGAAAAAGCCUGGGAUACAUGGAGUGAUCAAAUUAAUAAUGCACUCUUUGGUGGAAAAGUUGAUCUUCUAUAUGCGACGAAGGAGACAUGCAAACGAGGUGCUGAACGACAACACUGUGGACAAUUGCGUAAAGUGAUCAGUGAAUGCGAUAUUCUUGGUUCACUUCAAGUUGCUAUACAAAUGCAACGAGCGAUUAAAAGAUGCGAUGAUAUUUCUGGAAUUGUCGAUCAGAAUCCUAUACAAGUACUAAAUCAAAUGAAUGGUAUUAUUGGCGGUGAAUUCGCGCACGGUUUUAUACAUAAGUUUUUAGGAUGA